AUGUCCACUAUUCCGGCCAAUGCCCGAUGGACGCAAAAUGGAGUGACCGUUGCUGGAGGUCAUGAAAAAGGCGAUGACACAAAUCAACUCUAUCGCCCUUGGAGUAUCUUCGUUGAGAGUGAUCAAACACUGGUCAUUGCUGACACAAUUAAUAAUCGUAUCGUCCAAUGGAAGAUAGGUGAUACCAAUGGGCAAGUCGUAGCUGGUGGCAAUGGCCUAGGAAAUCGAUUGAAUCAAUUCAAGCUUCCAAGCGAUGUACUGAUCGACAAAAAAACUGAAAGUCUCAUUAUUUGUGAUAAAGGGAAUCGACGAGUUUUACGAUGGUCUCAAUAUAGUGGCACAGCUCAAGGAGAAAUCCUCAUCGAUGAUAUCGAUGGUUGGGGGUUGGCCAUGGAUGAGCAGAGAUAUCUGUACAUCUCCGACACCGUCAAACAUGAUGUAAAACGAUAUCGAAUAGAUGACAAGAAUGGAACUGUCGUGGCCGGUGGUCAUGAAAAAGGUGAUGGUCUCAAUCAACUAAACAUGCCGACCUAUGUCUUUGUUGAUCGACAACAGGCUGUCUAUGUGUCGGAUUCCGAAAACCAUCGUGUGAUGAAAUGGGAGAAAGAUGCCAAAGAAGGUGUUGUCAUCGCCGGUGGUCAAGGCGAAGGCAAAGCUUUUACACAAUUGUCGUCUCCUCGAGGAUUGUUCGUCGAUACAUGGGGUACCCUGUAUGUAGCAGAAUGGGGAAAUCAUCGAGUGAUGUGUUGGCCUAAAGCAGCGAAACAGGGUAUUGUCAUAGUGGGUAGAAAUGGUGAAGGAAAAGAACCAAAUCAGGUAAACAGGCCCGCCGGUUUGUCUUUCGAUCAACACGGCAAUAUCUACGUCGUCGAUUGGGGCAACGAUCGAGUGCAACGAUUUUCAAUCGAAUAG